GCAAGAAGCGCGCGCGCGGCACCGCCGGCCCGGAGAUGGUGCGCGCCACCGUCACCGCGGAGGCCGACCACCUCGAGGUCCGCACACUGGUGCGCCGGGCGCGCCUCACCUUCGAGGCGGUCCGAGGGAUCUACCACCGCGGUGGCCGCAUGCGCGCCGACAUGACCGCCCUGAGCACGAUGCUCUCCCAGGGCCUCUGCCUCUACCGCGACGUGCGCAUCGUCGGCGCCAUCCCGGGCGUCUUCGUCGGCGACGUCUUCAGCUACCGCGCCGAGCUCAUCGUCGUCGGCCUCCACAACCAAACCCAGGCCGGCAUCGGCUUCAUCCCCGCCAACCUCGUCAGCGAGGGCCACCCCGUCGCCACCAGCAUUGUCUCCUCCGGCGGCUACCUCGACGACCACGACAACGGCGAGGUCCUUAUCUACACCGGCAGCGGCGGCCGCCCGCGACACGGCGUCGAGCACAACACCGACCAGGAAUUCGAGCGCGGCAACCUCGCGCUCGCCUACAGCCACAAGUACGGCGUCGAGGUACGCGUCAUCCGCUGCCACGACUGCGACACCAGCCCCAGCGCCAAGCUAUACGUCUACGACGGCCUCUACAAGGUCGACUCCAUCACCUACGGCCCCGGAAAGUCAGGCCACGAGGUCUGCAAGUUCAAGCUCGUGCGCAUCCCCGGCCAGGCCCCGCUCGGCAGCAAGAUCUGGCGCUCUGCCCGGGAUCUCACCAACAUGCUCGACUCCAACAUCCGGCCGCGCGGCUACGUCACGCGAGACCUGUCCAAGGGCAAGGAGCUGAUCCGUGUCCCCGUCUUCAACAAUGUGGAUCGAGACAUCUCUCCCCUCGGCUUCGAGUAUAUUUCCCGCCCUGACUUCCCGGUGCUGCCCAGGCCGGUGAGGCGUUUCAGGUGCUGCCAGUACGCGACGGCGGCGUGCGGCGGGUCGUCGUCAUCUGGCAGCUGCGCCUGCGUGAGGAAGAACGGCGGAGGCGGCCCGGCGUACAAUGCCGACGGCACGCUGGUCAGGGGAAGGCCGGUGGUGUACGAGUGCGGCGCCCAGUGCGGGUGCCCAGCGAGCUGCUCGAACCGGGUGACGCAGCGAGGGAUGCAGCACCGGCUGGAGGUGUUCCGGUCGAGGCAGACAGACUGGGGCGUCAGGGCACUGGACUUGAUCCAGCCGGGCGCCUUCGUCUGCGAGUUCAGCGGAGACGUGGUCACCGUGGACGACGACGGUCACCACGCAGGCAAUGCCGGCGGCGCGUCGACUGAAUGGGGCGGCAUCGUCGAUCCGAGGAAGUUUCCGGCGAGAUGGAGGGAGUGGGGAGACGCCUCCGCUGCCACGCUUCCGGACGACGCCGAGGAACCUCCCCGAUUCGCACAUUUGGCAGGGCCGCGCCCGCGCUACGUGCUCGACGUGUCCCGGAGGAGGAACUUCGCUCCCUACAUCAGCCACAGCAGCGCCCCGAACGUGUUCGUCCAGUUGGUGCUCCGUGCCGACGACAACGAGUCGUACCCUCGUCUGAUGUUGUUUGCCAUGGACACCAUCCCGCCGCUGCGGGAGCUGAGCAUCGACUACGGCAUCGGUCCGUGAUCUGCAAAGUUGAAUCUUGAAGCUCAAUAGCUGGUGGUUUCACGGGUAUUUGUAGUUGGUGGGGAAUUUUCUUUUUGUGAUUUCGUCAUUCUUUGCACAAGUGCCGGUGUGUACUCUUCCCGUUUCAAAAUAGAUGACUCAACUUUGUA